GCGGAAGAGGCGGGGCCCGGGAGCCGGUGGGGCCGUUUUGGGGCUGUAUUGGGCUCUUUUGGGGCCGAUUUGGGGCUGUUUCGGGGCCGCGGCCGUAAGCACCGAGGCAGCCCCGUCGGGGGCGGCUGGAGGAGCUGCAUUUUUGAGGAGUCAAAGGGUAGAUGAGGACUUUGCUGGCAGUGCUGUUAUAUAAUCAAUUGGAAGGUAUGUUGAGCUACCUCUUUUAGAGGCAGAAUCUAAACUAAAGGCUUACAGAGCCUCAGCACCAUAGAGGAGAACCUCUAUAGUGACAGUUUGGUUAAGCAAAUUCUCCUGAGGAUAGCCUUCUGUAAUCUCCAGAGAUGGCAGCUGUUGCAGUGCUAGAGGAGGAAUUACUUUCAAUUGAAAAUGAGCUGCAGGCAGUGGAGAUGCAGAUUCAGGAGCUUCUGGAUAAACAGCAAGAACUCAUUCAGAAGAAGACAAUGUUAAAAGGGCUGAUAAAGAAGUCCUCAGGAGACUUGGAGGCAGGGGGAAGUAAAGAAACUGAAACCUCAGCUGAAGCGUGGAACAAAAAAGAUUUUCCAUGGUAUGAGAAGAUAAAAACUGCACUGCAGAGCAAGUUUAAACUCCAGAAGUUCAGGUCCUUGCAACUUGAAACAGUAAAUGCUGUAAUGGCAGGAAAGGAUGUAUUUCUUGUCAUGCCUACAGGUGGUGGAAAGAGCCUUUGUUAUCAGUUACCAGCUGUCUGUUCUGAUGGUUUCACACUCGUGAUAUGUCCUUUGAUAUCACUUAUGGAAGAUCAGCUCAUGGUUCUGGAACAGCUUGGCAUUUCUGCAACUUUAUUAAAUGCUUCAAGCAGUAAGGAACAUGUGAAGUGGGUUCAUACUGAAAUGCUAAACAGAAAUUCACAACUGAAGCUCAUUUAUGUGACCCCGGAGAAGAUUGCAAAAAGCAAAAUGUUCAUGUCAAAGCUAGAGAAAGCUUACCAAGCGGGGUGUCUUGCUCACAUUGCUGUAGAUGAGGUCCACUGUUGUAGUCAGUGGGGCCAUGACUUCAGGCCUGACUACAAGUCCCUUGGUAUCUUGAAAAGACAGUUUCCCAAUGCUCCCUUGAUUGGGUUAACUGCAACUGCUACAAAUCAUGUUUUAAAGGAUGCUCAGACAAUUUUGCAUGUUCAGAAAUGCAUUACUUUUACUGCAUCUUUCAACCGGCCCAAUCUUUACUAUGAGGUUCGGCAUAAACCUUCAAGUAAUGAAGAUUUCAUUGAGGACAUUGUUAAGGUCAUUAACGGAAGAUACAAAGGGCUCUCAGGAAUAGUGUACUGCUUUUCUCAGAAGGACUCUGAGCAAGUUACUAUGAGUUUGCAGAAACUGGGAAUCAAGGCAGGGACUUACCAUGCAAAUAUGGAUGCUAAAUAUAAGACCAAAGUUCAUAAAGGAUGGGCAGCAAAUCAAAUCCAGGUUGUAGUGGCAACUGUUGCUUUUGGCAUGGGAAUUGAUAAACCUGAUGUGAGGUUUGUAAUUCAUCAUUCUAUGAGCAAGUCAAUGGAGAACUACUACCAAGAGAGCGGACGUGCAGGUAGGGAUGACCAAAAAGCUGACUGCAUUUUGUAUUAUGGUUUUGGAGAUAUAUUCAGAAUCAGCUCAAUGGUAGUGAUGGAAAAUGUAGGGCAAGAGAAGCUGUACGAUAUGGUGUCUUACUGCCAGAAUGCAAGCAAGUGUCGCCGGGUCCUCAUAGCCCAUCAUUUUGAUGAAGUAUGGGAUUCUGCACACUGCAACAGAAUGUGUGAUAACUGCUGCAGAGAAAACUCACUUGAGAAAAUGGAUAUCACAGGGUACUGCAGGGAUCUAAUCAAGAUACUUGAGCAAGCUGAAAACAUGAGUGAGAAACUCACUCCACUGAAGUUAGUUGAUGCAUGGUCUGGGAAAGGUGUAUCAAAAUUAAGGGUGGCUGAAGUUACUCCACCAAAGCUCCCUCGAGAGGAACUGGAGAGAAUCGUUGCCCAUUUACUGCUGCAGCAGUAUCUGAGGGAAGACUUCAGCUUCACGGCAUUUGCUACAAUAUCCUACCUGAAGAUAGGACCAAAAGCGGGACUGCUGAAAAAUGAGGCUCACCACAUCACAAUACAAGGGACAACAAACAAGAAAAGUGUUCACAGGAAUAAACCAUCUGAGUCUUCAGCUUCAAAAGGAAGUAGUGAAAAUGCUCAGACUAUUUCAGAGACUGUCCAAGAUUCAGCAGUGAAGAAGCCACAAGAACGUAAGCGGCAUAACUGUGGAUCUAACUUAAAAGCAAAGAAGUUUAAGCUUCAAGCAGGUGGACAUGACCAGCCAGUAGUUCUUGACUGAGUCGUACAGUUGACAUUUAGGAUCUCAUGUUUGCCUCUCCAUGGACAAUCCAGUGUGUAAGCUCAAUUUGUGUUUUAGUAAUAGUAUUUUUGUGUGCUUUUAAAAUUAAAUUUAAAAUUUAAUUUAAACAAGGAUCUUUAAAAUCCUCAAGUCUAGCAAAAGUCUUGUGGUUAAGGGAAAAUUGCUUGAUAUCAAAAUAACUGUGUGCAUCUUACGAUACAGCAAUGACUGCAAACUGUAAGUAAUUAUUGUGUUGCCUUUAUUAACUCUUUUGGAAGUCUAGUGUAUAGAAACUACUAUAGUAAAUAUUGCAGAGUCACAUGUUGGAAGGGACUUCCAGAAAUCUAAUCCAGCCUCCUGCUCAAAGUGGGUCCAGUCAGAACAGUGUGCUCAGGGCUGCGUCCAGUUGAGUUUUGAUUAUCCCCAUGGAUGGAGAUUUCGCAGCCUCUCUUAGAACCUGCUCUGGUGUUUGAGCAGCUUCAUGCCAAAAAAAGAAUAAAGGAAAUUUCUUAGAGCUAAUGGUUACUUCCUGUAUUGCAGCUUGCCUUUUGCCUCAUGUCCUAUCACUGUGCUCUUCUGAGAAGAGUCUGGCCCCAUUGCUGCUAUGCUCUUCCAUUAGGUAGUUCAAGACAACGAUCCCCUUCCACUUCAGCUUUUUUUCUCUUCUUAAUCUGGAACAAAUCCAGUUAUCUCAGCUUCUCUCCCCAAGUCCCUGGAAAGCUUUGCAGCCCUCUGCUGGACUCAAUAGUGUGUAUCAGUUUCUUUUAGGGGGAAGUCCAAAAAUGAACCCAGCACUGUAGCUAUCAUCUCACAAGUAAGAGUCGCAUCCAUCAAACUGCUGCUUACAUUCUUGGUAAAUGUAGUCUACUGUGCAGUUGUUAGCAAUGUGCCUUUGCAGCACAGAUGCUUCAUGUUCAGUUUGUUACCUACUGAGAGCUUUGGUCCUUUACCACAAAGCGACUUUCUAACCAGUCAGGCUCUGGCCUGUACCAUUGCUUGGUGCUACUCCAUCACAGGUGCAGGAUUUCGCUUUUGUCUUUAAGGUUCCCUGUCAGCCCAUGUGUCCAGCCUGCCUAGGUCUCUCUGUACAGCAGCAGCCCUGCCUUCCAGUGCAGCAGCAGGUCCCCCAGCUUUGGCAUCAUCUGCAGCCUGGCUGGAGUACACCCAUCCCAGUAUCCAGAUUGUUAAUGACCCUAAAUUUUAACUAGUAAACAGCGACCAGUUGGACUUUGUACCACCAGUCUCAGUUCUGUGAAUCAAGUGGUCUAGGCAACUUCCUUCCUACCUUGUUGUAUGUUUAUCCAGUCUGUAUCUCUGAUGUUUCUAGCAAUGAGAAAAUUAUGAGAAAGCAUGUCAAGAGACUUGCUGAAGUCAAGGUAUCCAUCAUCAAUUGCUAUCCCUGUAUUUGCAUGGGCAGUUAGCUCAGUCAGUUGGGUUGAUCAGCAUGCUUUGCUAAGGUGAUGCUGACUGGCACAUUCUGGAGAUCCUCCUUUUUGAAGACAGGAGGGAUGUUUGCAAGGAGGGAGGCAGGAAAAUUGAAUUCCACAUUGAAUGUUUUCUGGGCCUAAAGUUGAACAUCGAAGACCUUGAUAUAGUAGGUGCAAAGGGACAGAAGAUAAAAAGAAUUGUUGAGUUAUUCUUACCUUGAUGAAUUUGGAAAAAAAACAUGAGUAUUUGGUAACUGGUAAAGUCUUUUGCAGCUACCAAGCACUAGUGCUUUCUGUUCCACUUGCAUUUGUCAGGGUUGGCAGCAAGAAUAGCCUGGUUGAGACAAUAUGCCUGAAGGAGCAGCCUUGUCUACACUUUCAAUUCUGGUAACAACUGCUGGGCUUCUGUUCUGUUUAUGCUUAAUAUUUAAGCAGUGCUUAAGCUCAAAGAUACGAAUGUCAUGGUUGUGUAUUAAAAGUACCUUUGAACACCUUGAAAGUUGAAAAUGAGAGCCAACAGAUAAUGUCCUUUAUGUGCUUUUAAAUACUUAAUACAAAUUACUGUACUGAUUCUUUGUACUCUUUGGCUACCAUUAAUGAAGUAGACACUGUAUGUGCUUACUACUUUGUUAAAAAAUUUUAAGACCUUGAGUAAAUCUUAACACU